CGCAGCGGCUCCAUGUGUGUUGAGGCGCAUUAUUUGGCAACAGAGGCGGCAGCGGGGAGGGCCGAAAAAAAGAGGAUAUCCCCUGGAUUUUUAAAAAGCAACGAUUUAUCGAGGUUAAUUGCAGAUAAAAGAUCCCCUGGUCGACCAUCGGGGGAGAACGGGUCCCAAAUCGACCGAGAGGAUGUCUGAAGAGGCGGUUCGCCAGACACGCAGCCAGAAGAGAGCGCUGGAGAAAGACGCCCCGGCGGCCCCCUCCGAGCAGUCCGACACCGAGAGCGACAGCAAGAAGCCCAAGAUGGACGACCUCGAGCCAGGAAACCAGUCUGCCCAACCAAACCAUGACGUCAGUCCUGCACUUACUGAUGAACAGAGUCCAUCCCGGGUUGAACCCGAGGCGGCGGAGAGUCGUGAGGAACCUGCGCUGAGCCGGCUUCUGCUGCCUUUGGUGCCGACCGAAACCCCUCCGCCGACGAAGGAGGACCCAGAGCAGACCCCGACUCCGAUCCUGACCCCUACCCAGACUCUGAUCAAGACCCCGAUCCAGGCUCCGAUCAAGACCCCCAUCCAGACCCUGACCCCGAUCCCGAUCCAGACCCCGACCCCGAUCCUGGCCGCGACCCCGAUCCCAAUCCAGCCCCUGAUCCAGACCCCGACCCCGGCCCGGACCCCGACCCCGACGCAGAUACCGACCUCGCAGUCGGUUGAACCCAUCCCAGACAACCGGACUGACCAAAAGGACCGGGCCGGCAGGGUAAAGGCAGAACCCGCCGUGGUUGUUGAUCCCCGGAGCCGGCUCCGCCCGGCAGAAGCGAAGGGGUCUGGCGGUAUUCUGGCUGCCGGGGAGGUGAAAGCCACCAUUAAAGUGGAGGUUCAGACAGCGGAGCCUGUGGAUAUGAGCACCUCAAAAGGCAACAGCGUAAAGAAGGAGAAGCGUCCGCCAGCCAAUGACGACGAUGACGACGACGUCAUCAUCCUAUCAGACAAUGAAUCUUCCAGUCCACCAAUGAACGGCCUAAGCCACUUCAAGGAGCUGGACACCGAUCUGCUCAUGAAGAGCAGCCCAGAAGAGAGGGAGCGCAUCAUUAAGCAGCUGAAAGAGGAGCUCAGGCUGGAGGAGGCCAAACUGGUGCUGCUUAAGAAACUCAGACAGAGUCAGAUCCAGAAGGACACACUUCAGAAGCCCUCGGGCCUGUCUGGCUCCGCAGCUCCCCCUCCUCUGAUCCGGGGAACCAUUACAGGGAAUAAGCUCUCCCAACAGGUCAGCGGUCGCUUGACAAACCUACACACACAAGUAAUUGCGACAGGUCGUAGUUCGGGGACGGUUAUCCCUCCCCCUCUAGUGCGAGGCGGGCAGCAGUUGUCGUCCAAGCAUGGCUCCCAGAUCAUCAUGCCACCUCUCGUAAGAGGGGCCCAGCCCAUCUCUGUUUCUCCACAGCAGAUCCAGGCUCUCCGUCAGCAGCAGCAGCAGCAGCAGCAGCAGCAGCAACAGCAGCAGCAGCAGCAGCAGCAGUUGGCUGCUUCUGGUGGCCCUGGGUCAGGUCCCCCUCCCUUGCUGUUGGGGACCAGAAUCUCGGCUCCCGGCUCCCAGGGCCAAAGGGGUAUGGGCCAGUCAGGCCUCGUUAGGGUUGGCAAUGUUGGCAAUACUAACUUGCUGGUCAAUAUGUCACAGGCAUCGUCAACCAACUUAAAGGUCUCCUCUAUGACAUCCCAGUCAGGAAGCAGCAACAUGUCUGUGGUCAAUAUAAAUGAUACCCCAGCAAGCCGCCAGGCUGCUGCUAAACUGGCCCUGCGCAAACAAUUGGAAAAGACCCUCUUGGAGAUUCCUCCACCAAAACCCCCUGCGCCAGAAUUCAACUUCUUGCCCUCGGCUGCAAAUAAUGAAUUCAUCUACCUGGUGGGAUUGGAAGAAGUUGUACAAAAUCUGCUUGAUACUAUCCACAGAGGAAAGACGGGUGUUGCAACAUCUAAGCUUAAUCCCAGAGAACCCUUCACCUGCACCCAGUGCAGCACCGACUUCACCUGCCGCUGGAGGCAGGACAAGGCAAAGGGUGGGACCAUCCUCUGUGAGGACUGUAUGUCAUCCAAUCAGAAGAAGGCUUUGAAAGCGGAGCACACCAAUAGGCUCAAAGCUGCGUUCGUGAAGGCCCUGCAGCAGGAGCAGGAAAUAGAGCAGCGCAUCCUUCAGCAGUCCGCCUCACCGGUCUCCCACAGCACCUCCUCCACUUCCUCCUCCUCUUCCUCAUCCCCAUCGAUGAAGGCAGACCAGCUGGGCGCACAGCAGCUGAAGCAAGUCCAGGCGAGGGUGUCCUCCAUGCAGCAUCAGCACCAUCACCAGCAUAGUAGAGGACAGAACAUCGUUCACCACCACUCUUCCAGCAUCAAGCAGAGCCCUCAGGGCCAGCUGUCCCGAGGCACUGUUUCGUCCAUGGGGGUGAGGGGAGUCCCCCACUCGUUCUCCUCCUCCUCCCAGCUGCAGAGCGCAGUAGCAGCCGCGGCCUUGGUCAACCGGCCUGGUAAGCAUGCCCAUGUGUCCCGCCCCUCUGCCCAGAGCUUAAAGGUGAGCAGCAGGGGGAUCAGCGGCAGAAGCAGUGUCAGCGGACACGGAGGUAGUGCAUCAGCCAGUGCAUGGAAGAAGCAGAGCGACAGCCACACAGGAGUAACCAUGGCUUAUGUCAACCCAAGUCUUUCCGGCCAUAAGACCUCAUCCACCGUCGACGCUCGUCAGAGGGAGUACCUUCUGGACAUGAUUCCAUCGCGCUCGAUCUCCCAGACAGCAAACACGUGGAAAUAAAGUGCAAAAAAACUAUCUCAUACUAUUCAUUGUUAUUGAAGUUACUACUUUUUCCUCAGUUCCCAUAAUAUGGUCCACAGCACUCCCCAGAGGACGGUUAAGGAAGUACUCACUUUUAAAACAAAUGUUUUUGCUUACCUGUUAUGGUUUAUGUUAUAGUUUCCUCUAUUUCAACACUGCUUUUAUUUUUAAGAUCACUGUUUGUGGAUCAUUGUGCAAGAUUGUUUUUACUCAUUUACGGUUAAGAACAUACAAAGUAUCUCACCUGUUUUGUGAAGGUGACCCAGUUUUUAAACAUACAAAACACAGUGUGUGCACACUUGUACACGCUGUUACUGUUCUUUAGUUCUAUGUUGAGGUUCCUCCUGGGGAAAGAUAGCAGUACUCAGUUUUUUGGAGCGUACACGACUUACCUCUGGACAAACCCAGCAAAGAGAUUACACAUUCAUGACAUUUUUAAGUCAAAUGAAUACAUUACUUGUGUAUACAUAGGUAUAUAUCUAUAUAUAGAUAUAUAUCUAUAUAUCAGAAUCAGAAUCUCUUCAUACCCUUAAACAAACCCCCUUCACGUUAGGGUUUAAAGACGAUCAGAUAGAUUUGAAAAGCUUUCAGCACAUAACCCCUGUAGUUGGAAGGUUUGAAUUUUCUUUGUAUUUACUUUAAGUUAUUUGUUAUUUUUACUGUUUAAAUUACAAUGUCAAUUGUGGAUUUUGCAAGAAAAUUUUGCUCUAGUUUAUUUUUUUCUGUCGGUUUUUACAGUGCAUGCCGAACUUUAAAUUUAUUCUCAGUUCAUUAUGUUCCAUAGCUCAAAGCAAUAUGGUCUUAUUUCUUUCUACAUCUGUAAUUACCAUCUGUAUUUUGCUUAAUUUACAAUAAUGUCAACCAUGUCAUUUUAUUUUGUGUGUGAGGGAAGUACUGAUGUUAAAGUCAAACUUGCAUAGCUGAAUCGGACAUCAGAGCCAGAGUUUUGCAUCUGAAUUUGAUCAUUGUCCUUCCAAUAGAUGGGGCCAAUGUAAGGCCUUAAAUCUAUGUAUAGGGCCGUUUUCUUGUAAAAAAAAAAACUUGGCAAUACAAUAAUAUUCGCUUGUGCCCCUCAUUGUACCGCAUAACUUUUCUGCUCUCCAUUCUGUACCGCAAAGUACAAACUAAUGAUAAUGUUUGUUUGGUUUAUGUUUUUCUCCCUAGCUCCUUAAGAAAUAAAAAAUAUAUACAAGUAAUUGUAA